AUGUAUAUAUUGCCAUUACCCAUAAUACUAUGAGACAUAAAUUCCAAGCACUCUUGUACAAAAAAACUCCUUAUUACCAAUGGCAGAGCUUGAGAAUCCUAAUGAAAUGCCAAAGCUUAUAGCUUUUCUAUCUUCUCUUCUAAAAAAAGUAGCUGAGUCCAAUGAUAUCAACCAACAACAACAACUACAACAUCAAAAGAUCUCAGUUUUUCAAGGCUUAACUCGACCCAACAUCUCGAUUCAAAGCUAUCUCGAAAGAAUUUUCAAGUAUGCAAAUUGUAGUCCAUCAUGUUUCAUUGUUGCAUAUGUUUAUCUUGACCGUUUCACUCAAAAACAACCUUCUUUGCCUGUUAAUUCCUUCAAUGUUCAUCGGUUGCUCAUUACAAGCGUUCUGGUGGCUGCUAAAUUCAUGGAUGACAUAUACUACAACAAUGCUUACUAUGCAAAAGUUGGAGGAAUAACAACCAUAGAGAUGAACUUUCUUGAAUUGGACUUCUUAUUUGGUUUGGGAUUUUGUUUAAAUGUAACUCCAAACACUUUCCAAGCCUAUUGUGUUCACCUACAAAGUGAAAUGAUGCUGAUGCAACCUCUAAAUUUUACAGAUUAUUCCUUAAGUUUAGGAAAAUCACUAAAUAAUCAUUUAUGCUUUAAUGAAGAUGAAUCUUCACAUCAAAAGCAACAACAGUUAGCUGUUUGAAAUUUUUCUUCAUUUCAUGUAUGUAAUGUAAUAUUCUGGUUGUAGAGGGUUGAGAACCAAUUAAAUUAUUUUACUUGUGGUCUUCA